AUGUCAUUGGGAGAAUAUUCUCGCUAUGGCAGACAGAUGAUCCUCCCUAGUAUGGGAUUGCCGGGUCAAUUGAAAUUACGUAAAUCGAGAGUAUUGGUCAUUGGAGCAGGCGGACUGGGAUGUCCCUCUAUUCAAUAUCUAGUCGCUGCUGGCGUUGGACAUAUUACAGUCUUGGAUCAUGAUACGGUUGAAAAGUCGAAUUUGGCAAGACAAAUCUUGCAUACAGACGACAGGGUAGGAAUGAAUAAAGCAGUUUCUGUUUCGAUCGCAAGUAAGAUUAUCAACCCUUUCGUUCAUGUGGAACCCGUGCAAACAUCUCUCUCAGUCGAAAAUGCAGUCCCACUUAUCAAGACUCAUGACAUCGUUUUGGAUUGUACGGAUAAUGUGUUAACACGUUAUUUGAUUUCUGAUGCAGCUGUUAAGUGUGGAAGACAAGUAGUCUCAGGUGCAGCACAAGGCUUUGACGGUCAACUUGUGGUGCUUCAUAAAGAUUUACGACCAGCUGAACCUGUUCCACGUGGACCAUGUUACAGAUGUCUGUUCCCAAAAGCACCCAAACCGGAAGAGGUAACAGAUUGUGAAGAUGGCGGUGUUUUAGGAACAAUCACCGGUUUGGUGGGAACGAUGCAAGCAUUUGAAACGAUUAAACUUUUGACUGGAAUUGGUGAUGAUGAUGAAGAUGAUAAAGGAAGACCGAUCGUUGGAAUGACUUUAGUCUCACCUCUCAGCUUUCCACCUUCUAGAUCCGUUCGAUUGAGACCGAGAAGGAUAACAACAUGCAGAGCAUGCGGAGAUCCUGAACAAAUGCAAGCCGAUCUUAAUUACAUCGCUUUUUGUGGUUUGACAAAUGGUCGUACUUUGGAUGGUUUUGAUGAGAUAACAACCUCAAAUUUUGCAAAAUUGAAUGGACGACCUCAAAGCAAAGCGCAUAUCAUCGAUGUACGACCAAAAGUUGAAUUUGAGAUUGCGCAAUUGCCCAACACAACAAACAUCCCUUUUCGUCAAAUAGAUAGCGAUCCGAAAAAGUGGUAUACAGAUAUUCUCAAGUCAAUCGGAAAUACGCAAGAUGAUCAUCAGGUGUAUGUGCUUUGUAGAAGGGGUAAUGAUUCUCGUUUGGCCUCAGACAAGCAAGCCAAGAUCCGUUUCACAAACAUCACUGGAGGCUUACGUGCAUGGUCAAAUGAAGUUGAUAAAAACUUUCCUGUAUAUUAG